GAGUGCUGGGCUGCCCGCCUGCGGUCGUGCCUGCUCCAUAGCGACCCCGACCUGCUGGCUGUGUGCAAGCCGGCGGGUCUGGCGUGCCAGGGUGGCAGCGGCGUGGCGCACAGCGUGGACAGCGUGAUGGCCGCCGCCUUUGCGCACCUGCCCGGCCCAGCCAGCCACCACCUGCGCCUGGUGCACCGCCUGGACAGGCAGACCACGGGUGCGCUGCUGCUGGCCAGGGGGCCCGACGCCGCCGCCUGGCUGGCAGCGGCGUUCCGGGAGAGCAGCGGCGGCAGCGGCGGCAGCGGACGAGGCGACAGCAGCAGCGGCGCCAGCAUCCAAAAGCAGUACUGGGCGGUGGUGGCGCUGCCCGAGGGUGGCGGCGCCCACAGGCUGCCCGCGGCCGGCGCCAUCAGCCUGCCCGUGCCCGGCGGCAGGGGCGGCGCCGCGGCGGCGCAGCCCGCUCUGACGCGCUACCGAGUGCUGCACCGCGGCGGGGGGCUGGCGUGGCUGGAGCUGGCGCCUGCCACGGGGCGCAAGCACCAGCUGCGCCUGCACUGCGCCCAGGGGCUGGGGGCUGCCAUCCUUGGAGAUGGGCGGUACGGG